AUACCAACCAGCCUUCGCGAGUGUGCUUGCAGCAUCGUUGACUUCUGAUGUAGCAUUCGUUACUCAAGAGCAUGACUUAAAGCAGAUUUAUACAAUAGAAUGCGCCGACAUGACCGAACAAGCCAUUCAUAUUGCAAGCUGAAUUCUAUUUGAAAAUUUGCUACGAUCAUCCAACAAGGAGCCGCUCGGCGCGACAGAAAUAUGUGCCGCUUUUUCUUUCACAGCGUGCUGCUCGCGGGCCUCCUGUUCAGCAGUCAGGAGAGCGAUGCAGUUACGCUUUCCACCCGGAGGACAUUAGGUGGUACAACAAGCAACGGCCCGCUGAGGAGCAAGUUCGCACCACGACACCAUCGAGCCGUGGUACCUCCGCACUCAGCGAAGACCAUGAGCAGAUUCAAAAGCAGAGAGUUGUACUCGCCGGAGGUGCUGGCACAGCUGGGAGCGUAUGACGACGUCGCGCUGCUGCUUCACCAUAAUCCGACCUUCGGAGCAGGAGGACCUGCUGGGUUAGACAAGGACAUGGAUACUAGCAUGGCUCCUUCUGGUGGUAAAAGUAUAACAACGACAACGUCGAACGAAGGAGCUGCAGGGGGAAGCGCAAGUGGCAGCAACGGGGCACUGGGAAGUGGAGCUGGAGAUUUGCUGAUGAACGCAAAUAAUGAGCAACUGAUUUCACCUAGGGCUAGGCCCACAAAUUAUAACUCGUCGAACCACAACCAGGACCAGCACAACAAUCAAAACCCGACUCCGGGCAACAGCAUUAUGACCCAGACGGCCGAGAUGUUUCUGAGAUUGCAUGAGGAUUUGGUGUUAUUGUUCACCUGCGGAAUUAACGGGCGUGUGAAGCGACUGCACCACAAGUCCCUCCUCGCGUCCCGCACCAUGGAGAACCGGCAGAGUGGUCCUGCAAAUAACGGUCCAACAGACGACGACUUUGACACGAUUCUGGACAACAUUGUAGCUGCCGAGCUAGCGCAGCAAGUAGAUGACCCUCAACUACUGGCGAACAGCUUGCGCCUGGCCCGGCGGGCGGAGCAGCGGCUGAGGCGGUGUCCGCAACAAAGAUUACAUGAAUACCGGGUCAUAUUGAAGAAGAGUCUGGAGAACGGGAUUCCGAAGACGGAUGCAGAGGUGCAGGCCUAUUUGCGGGAUGCACGCGAAUCGUGGAUCGCCAUGGGAGGAACUUCUACGGGUGGUGCUUACGAAGAUCAUGUGUUGGGGGACGAGCCGCCGGAAGUGAGGGCAGAACAUGAUUUCGCACAACGCUUCGACGUGGUUGACGACUACUUCGCAGCGCUCGGAACGAACAGACCGGGGAGCAGACCGGUGACUGACGGUGGUGUCGUUGCUCCUGGCAAUGCACAUGCAAGUCGGCAAAAUCACGUCCCAAUCAUCACACCCAGAACUAAUCUCAGCUUCAUCGGCGGCGCGGCUGAUGCGGUCGUCGAGCUGGCUGAGGAUGCAGGCUUGAUUGGAGCGACCGCCGGUGGUGCCGCAGCGAGUGGCGCGAGUAAUGCUGUUGAUUACAAUGCGAAUGCAAAUGCCACCGGUGCACCAGCAUCAUGCACUGCAUCCUUCUGCGAACGACUGAACGCCACUUGCCGAAACAUUUCCGGCGUCAACACUUCUUUUAACAACUACCCCGAAGAUGAUCCGAACCAGAGUUCUCUCAUCCGGGCAACGAAGGCCACCAGCGGGAGCCAGCCGCAGUCCAAUGCGACGAAGCACAAUCUGCAGUUUCCCAUGUCGACGAAGGAGUUGGGUGAGUUAGUAGACACGGGUUUGCUAACCAGCGCGAAAAUCAUCGCCUCGCCGAUACAACUAUCCGGGUUGGGAAACAUGUUGGUGUCCGCACAGGACAAAUCGAAACUUUUUCACUGGGCCUUGAUCCUGCAGUUUCGCACAUCCACGGGGAUUUUCUCCCCGGUCUUCACGCAAGAAAGGGAAGACGUGGAAAUGAAGGACCCUAUGGUCGGGGAGUCGCGUUAUUUGCUGAGCCAGGCAGACGUCGCCAAGAUGUUGGAGGAGAAAAGGCAGGAGGAGGGUGGUUCACUGCGAGAUGAACUACAGACGGAGAGUGUUCAGCCUGCUUGUUCCGCCUCCAUUUCUGCUACUGGUGCUGGGAAAGAGGAACAUGAACAUGGAGAUGCAACAACUGGCGUAACAAGUGCAACAACUCUCCCCGCUGUUCCUGUCGCACGUUCCGAAGAGCUGCUACAGGAACCAGGCACCGACGAAUCGGACAAUGGUUUGUUGGACGGAGAGGACGCGGUCUUGGUUACCACCGAAGAAAUUUCAGAGAAGCUGCGGGACCUGCGCAUUCGGUCCAACUCGACCUGCUCGACUGUGGCAACCAGCACGGACUACAAUUGUCGCAGCCGAUCCAACUCGAUCCUGCUUGGGCAGGCGCAAUCAGGUGCUGCUGCGAUGGGGAGUGACGAAGCUACUUUUGAAUCUGCCUCCCCGCCGCCGGUAGAGCCGAUUCCGGAGCAUCGGGAGCUCGCAGGAGCUCCGGCACCGCCUAAGGCGUUCAGCACAAAAAUGACGGAGGCGAAGUUGAAGGAGAGUAAGAACGAAAAAGAACCGUUGGAGCAAAACGAAGAACAAUUCAACGAUGAUUUGAACACGACCCUCCCCCGUAGCAUCGAGGAUUUUGAGCAGAUUGAAGAAGAGAUCAUUAGUGUCAGAAUCGAGAAGCUCGCUUCUGGCGAGGUGGUCGUCACGAGGUCGCCACCGCACGGCUGUAGGAAGGACACCACCGUGAAGAAAAACGCCGAUCCGCGGUUUUCCUGGCAACAGAGCCGGAUUCAAAGGGAGAUGGAGAAGAAGGAGGAACAGGAAUUUCUCCAGCGCGCGGAGGCUUUCGAGACCGAUUUUCUGCACUACCCCCAGGCGAAGGAAGUCACGCCGAUGGAGUGGCUGCCGCCGUAUUUAAGCCGGAAUUUGCGGUACGAUGGCGUGCGACUCGAUAAGAAAAAGUUCUUCACCUGGUUUCUGCAGGAAACAAAGAUCGCCGGGUACUUCAAAGAGCCUGAGCUGCCACAAGAGAUGCCAAGUUGUAUCUCCUCCGCUGCAGCUAUCGAUGCGCUUUCAUUUGGUGAAGAAGAAAUUGAGAUGGACAGACUACCGGAUCUCAUCCGCCAGGUGGCGCAGCAGGGGAAUCAUGACAAGAGCCAAGGACAAGGAACAAACGGUAGUCCUCACCCGCAGCAGCAACAGCAGCAGCGUAAUAAAGACACCGCCCCACAAAGCAACGGUUGCUACCAUAUGGCGCACAACAGUUGCCAGCAUCUAGUCUACCGGUUUUUCCGGGACGUGUUGCAACUGGCUUCCAUCGGUCCCAAGUGUUACUCUCCGAACUGUGUAGCCUCUUCCCCGCUGGAGAUGUUCCGGGCGCGGAAACGGGUUUGCGGCUGCAGUGGGCGGGACAUGGAUAAAACGAUGCAAGAGUUGAUAACAGAACAAAUGCCGGAGUUAUUCGCGCCGUGGGAUAGCUGCUGUUCUCCUGAUGCACCAACUACUUCUGUAGUUGCUCCUUACAGCCCACCCACAGGAGCAGGGAGGAGUCGAGAGAAAAAGAAACUCUCUGCCCGCGGACGGUCUGUAAGGAACACAGCAGAACUACGAGCACCACGCGAAGAAGAAGAAGAACCAUACGACGCUUCGGGCAGCGACAUGGCCGAGACGAGUGAUGAACAGAUUAGCAGUGCCGCCGCGGACGAGGAUAAAGAUUCUGACUCAGCCUCAGGAGAGACACCUUUCUCCAGCGAUGACGCUCAACAGCAAGUAGACCGGCCCUUUUCUGUCCCCGUUCCUCCCGAGCAACACGCGCAGUUCGACCGAGAAAACCCGCAGGUGGCGGAAUUUUUAGCCAAAAAUGACAAACGACCGAUGAAAAUGCAAAGAACCCUCUCAAAGUCCAGGAUGCGGGCCGUAAGACUCGCGAACAGGAAGCUGCGAGAGAUGCGUCGCGAGCGGAUACAGCAGACCAGAAGGUGGAAUGGAACUGGAAGCGCAUCGAGGGUGAUGCCGCAGGAAUACCAGCGUAGAAGGUCUUGUGUGCAGCACACAACUAUUCAGCACACGCCUAGAUGCAUGAUCCACUGCGAACCCAUCGCGCGCUCAACGAGCCCCGCGAUUCUCUCUGCGUCCUUCGGCAUUCCCUGCUCAUCCGCCACAGCCGGAUUCGAGAAAGAUGAUGAGGGGCGAAAGCGAUGCAACGACCUUUUCGAGGACUUCCAGUUGCAAGUCUACGAAGCCUACAACGAGAAGAAAGACCCCCCACUGUUCAUGGGAAAAACACCGCGAAACGAACGGGGAGCCAGGUUGUUGUACUGACACUGAGGUACUUUGAGAAGAAUAAUUUCUUCCGAAACCACUACCAGCAUCUGAUGAAAAAUAAACUUUCACCCAGAAGAAAAAAAAACCGUUUCCAUGUUGCCGUUUUGGAUCCUUUUGAUCAUUUUGAAGCUAGAAAGGACUAAACACUCUUCGCAUCAUCUGUCGAAACGAAUACAACUCAAUACAAAAAUUAGAAGCAAGUAGCUUUUCCUUUUUCACAUUAAGCCUUUUUUCCGACCACAAAAACACAUCAUACAUACUACUGCUUAGGGUUACGUUGAGAAUACAGUUCCGAAUUCUAUCUUUUCGAAAUUUACCGGUCGAGGUCAUUGUACUUCGUUCGCGUUUACAAUACUGAAAAUGAAUAACCACUCCGUCUAAUGUGUAAGAUUCCAUUGCCGCUGCGUACUGACAAUUUUCACAACUUGUCUGUCUGCCCAAAAAUGUACGGAGUUAAUGACGAUUGGCACAAUUGAGAAUCAAAAU